CUGCUUCCGGACACUACUGAUGGUGACUUUAGAGCAGCUUUGAAUACUGGGAUGCUAGACGUGGUACCAGCAUUGUUUGAUGUCCCUGAAAAGCCAUCUGGUAACUGUCAUCGACGAAAUCAAACGGUCGACUUUGAAGAGCGAAUACAUGUUUACACAUCGUUCGAGGAUGUUUUGCUCGAUCUGUGA